UAAGCAUGAACAAGCUGACAAAAAUACAUGCUCAUCUGCUAAAAGAUGCACAUAAUCUGGAAUUUUUGUUUCUACAACAUAACGAGAUAACAGGUAUACCUGACAACCUUUUUCAAAAUGCUUCCAGCCUCAAAUAUGUGUUUCUUAACAAUAAUAACCUUACUGUGAUUGGUCCGGGAUCUUUCAGGGGAGCUUCAAAUCUGAAAACGUUGGCUCUUUCUAACAACCAUAAGCUAGCAGAUUUAGAGUCUGACUCUUUCAACUACGCUGAUUUUGGUAACCUCUCCCUUCUCUACGUUUUAGAGACAGCUCUUGUGCGAGUAAACAUGAAAACUUUCACAAAUCACGAGAAGGUCGGGCUGGUGAUCUCUCCCGCCGAAAAUGUGUUCCAGUUUCCAGCCCCAUUAGACGAAAGAUUUCGAGAAGGACUGGAACGCAAUGGAUUCACUUGUAACCAACACUUAUGUACUCCUUGCGACUUUGGAACUUAUCAAAAAGGAGCUAGCAACGGUUCCUAUGUCUGCGAAAAGUGUCCUCCAGGUGGAUUUUAUCAGAAUGCUGUUGGCCAAUUCGGAACCAUAGCAGGACGCACAGGAUGUCUUCCCUGUCCCAAGGGUACCUACCUGGAGAUAGAUAAGUUCCCUGGGAAACGCCGGCAAAUGUGCCGCGUUUGUCCUGCCGGAUCCAAGAGCGAUGAGUGGGCGAGUUAUCGAGGUUGUUUCUGUAUUGACUCGUUUUACCGAAAAGGUCGCUUUACACAAUGCGAAGCAUGUCCUACGGACGUCAGAGGAAUCCUGUGCAACGAGACAAUAUUGGUCAAGGAAGGGUAUUGGUGGAGAUUCAGAGAUUAUAACGAAAGCUGGGAAUAUCAAAGGUUUGUUGACACCUUGAUGGUGCCCGGUGAACAAUACAACCACAAAGAUAUCAAUUUCACAGGAAUCUUCCCCAGGCCAUAUCCAUGUCCCACUGCUUCUUCGUGUUUAGGUUCCCUAAACUCUGUUAGGAAACCGUGUAAUACUGGUUAUGGUGGACCAUUGUGCGAGGUUUGCAACAAAGGCUAUUAUAAAUCUUUGACUAGAUGCACGAAAUGCCCGAGUCUUCUCUGGCUUUUAGCACAGAUGGCCGCCAUCGCAUUCGUCAUUAUCAUCCUUAUCUUUAUUCUUGUUCGUGACGAGAGGGGAGCCAAGAUCAAGGGACGAACACUAUCUGAUAUUGUGCUAGCCCGUUUAAAGAUCGUCAUAGGCUUCUAUCAGGUUACAGCUGGUACUUUAGAUGCGUUCUCGUACGUCCAGUGGCCUGAAGCUCUUCUACAACUCAACAACUAUUUCAAGUUCGUCCAGUUUAACGUGGUCCAGAUUGCUCCUUUCCUUUGUUUCAAAGACAGCUUAAAGAUGAACGCCUACGUUGGUCUGUUGUUAAUUAUGUCAGUGAAUGGAGGGAUCAUUGUAUCAGCGUUUGUGUAUUUUCAGAGCAGGAAACUAUUUAUCAGACUCAAGAAGAACUUGUCUUCGGAGGAAAAGGAGGUAGAGAUUUCGCUGAGCAAGGAACACUGCUAUCGAACUGCCUUCCUGGUUAUGUUUAUUACAUAUCCGGAGGUUAGUUCAAGAAUCCUGCGUAUGCUUCCUCCUGCCUGUCAUAAAAUCUGCCAGGAUGUGGCAAUGAAAGAUUGCACUUACUACCUAAAAAUGGAUUAUAGUUUAAAAUGUUUUGAUAAGUCCUACCGUAAGUACGUGACUGUUGCCUACGUGGGAGCCGCAUACCCUCUGCUUUUCCCUCUGUUCAUUGUCUGCAUUCUCUAUCUGCUGUAUUAUCGACCUCAAGUCAAAAACCGCGAUCAAAGUACUGAAACAAAGCGGGAUCAAAUCACAGAAGGCAUGCGCUUCAUCUAUGAAAACUACGACAAGCGUUGCUGGUACUGGGAAUUAGUGGAGAUGGUGCGGAAGUUGAUCCUUACUUCCGGUUUGGCCCUGAUUGGCGCUGAGGGGCGGACCUAUGUUGGAAUGGUAGCAAUGGCGUCAGGAUUCUACGCUGUAGCGUAUGCCCAGGCUCAGCCAAUCCCCUAUAAGUUUGAACACCUGUUGCAACUGGUGUCUCUUGUAGCCACUUUCUUCAGUUUGAGUGUUGGCGUAUUGUUAAGGAUUCCAUCUGAAAUGCUGAACUAUUCUAUCGAAAAAGACAAAGAUUCUAUUGGUAUCACUGUAUUGCUGGUGACGGCCAAUUUGAUGGUCAUAGGAUUGGUUGUCGUGCGAUAUAUUAUAUCUCUGGGACAAAGUCUGUAUGGUGUCUGUAAGAACCCACAAUGCAACUGGGAGUGCUGUUUGAGGGUGGUCCUAUCAGCACAAAGUGCAAAUACAGAUGAGGAGGACAUUGAUAGUGGCGGACACAAUCGUGUGGAGUCCACCAUGAAAAGCAUUUCAAGUAACAUGGGAAUGGGCGAGGACGGCGUUGAAAACUGGAAUAGUGGAGGCAACGACAAUGAAGCCACACAAAACGAUUGGUGUUCCUUUCUCUCUCUGGAGGACGACAAUAACGAGAUAGAGUUUUCAUGCGGGAGCCAAGCCAAACACGAAGAUGAAUCUCUAGAGGUCGAAAUGGCAAGCUUAAAAGGCGACUCGAAUAUUCCUGAAGUGCAGUUCAAGAGAGGUUAUACGGGAGUUUCCAUUAAUCACCCCGCAGCUGCCUCAAAGAAAGUGGUUACAGAAGUAAACAAAAGCCACGAACAAUCGCUUGACCUGACUUAUUCGGUUGUUACCAAGAAAAAACGCGAAGAGAAGGCAAAAUAAGAAGUUAUGAUUCAAAUCUGCAAUAGUACCGUAUACACCAGGGAAAAAUUGAAGACCUCAUUCUAGAUAAGUGCUAAAUUGUCAAAGGCAUUGUCCUUAUUCGUUGACUUUAUAAAGCAGUCUUUUCAUUGCAAACCUUAGAAGAGGCAAUAAUUUAGUAUUAAUUACACUUGUCUUUCAUAAAGGGCCAGAAGAUGAAGGGUUUUCAUUUGUUUCGAGCUUCAUCACAUUUUACCUGCUCGUGUUUCUAAGGGAUCAACCU